GCUGCUCCUGCACGCGAGGCUGCGAGCAUCGUUCGCUUUGAAUGAUGAGCCGGGACUGGGCUAGAAUAGACCCCGCUGCCUAGAGAGAACGAAUGCCUCCCUCCCCCCUGCGUGUGCCCAGGAAGAAAGGGGAGAGAGAGAAGGAGCGGGAAGUAAAUGCAACCAGCACUGAACUCAAGGGAAUCAGACAAGUUGAAGAUAAGGAUGGGAAGCUCAUUAGAUCACCCACUCCGACGUCUCCCUGCCAGUGCAGGAUCAUCCCCCACGGUACAUUGCUUAGUGCAAUAGAAGAGCCAGUGGAGUGGCAGGAAGACAUACCUCUCUCCCACGGGAUGGUUGUAGCUGGGAAUCCCUGCUGAGCUCAGGAAGGGGACCUGUCACAAUGCUAAAGUUCCGGGCAGACCGUCGGGUCAGCCACAAUGAAAGACGGAACACGUUUCUGCACCCUGUGACUGGACACAUCCCAGAAGAAAACACGAGAUUUGACUUACGUUUACCAAACUCUACAGUGGACAUGUCCAGCAAAGCAGGUGGGAAGCGACCGGCAACCAUCAGCAGCGAAUCAUCCAACCACACCAUGGUGUCAGAGAUGCCUCAGGAGCGACCAAAUGGCAGGGCCUCGCGCCCUUCCCGGAAGGGGAUUGCCUUCGGGAAGCGCUCCAACUCCAUGAAGCGGAAUCCCAAUGCCACAGUGACCAAAAGCGGCUGGCUCUUCAAGCAGGCCAGCUCUGGCGUGAAGCAGUGGAAUAAGCGCUGGUUCGUGCUGGUGGAUCGCUGCCUCUUCUAUUACAAAGAUGAGAAGGAGGACAGUAUCUUGGGCAGCAUCCCGCUCCUAAGCUUCCGGGUGGCAGCCAUCCAGCCAUCGGACAACAUCAGCAGGAAACACACCUUUAAGGUGACUGUGUGCUGGGUGGAGGAGGCACUGGGGCAUCAUAUGCAGUCCCUCUCUCCCCAGGCCGAGCACGCCGGCAUCCGGACCUACUUCUUCAGCGCCGAGAACACCGAAGAGCAGGAGUCCUGGAUCCAAGCCAUGGGCGAGGCUGCCCGGGUGCAGAUCCCACCCCCCCAGAGGCGGGAGAAGACGGACUCUGAGAACAUCCCCCCCAGCAAGCACCACCACCACCGGACCACCACCCACAGGGAGCACCCCAAAGCAGAUCUGGAAGCCAAGACCAGAGGGGAGGGUGAUGGGCGUGGUUCAGAGAAGAUCGAGAGGAAGUCAGAAAGGAUUGAUAGCAAGAAGGAACCCCUGGUGAAAGCCAAUGGCAUUGUGGGCCGGGAGAUGCCAUCUGAGCCCGGCAGCCCUUACCCUGAAGCCCCACGGUUUCCAGCUGGGAUAGAAAGGUCCGUGCAGCCCAAUGGCUGGCAGUACUCUUCCCCCAGCCGCCCUGGCAGCACCGCCUGCCCACCGCAGGAUGGGGAGAGCGUAGUGCACCGGCAAGGCUUUGUGCCACGCACCAACCCGGAGAAGAUUGCCCAGAGGAAGAGCUCCAUGACGCAGCUGCAGCAGUGGGUGAACCUGCGCCGGGGGGCUGCCCCGCCAGAGGAGCUGAGGAGCCCCACCAGGUUUUUCCCAAUGUCUCGAAGGGUCCCCGACUACUACGCCCCUUACUCGCCCCAGUACCCUGAGGAUUACCAGUACUACCCACCCGGCGUGCGCCCCGACAGCAUCUGCUCCAUGCCUGCCUACGAGCGGGUGAGCCCACAGUGGGCUGCGGAGGACAAGCGCCACUCUUUCCGCAAUGGAGGCCCCUACCAGCUGCGUGAGUGGAAGGAGCACCCAGGUUACGGCAGGCAGGACGUCCCCGUCUGGAUCCCCAGCCCCGGCCGGCAGCCUGUGUAUUACGACGAGGUGGAUGCUGCCUCAGACUCCCUGCGGAGGAUGUCCCUCCAGCCCCGCUCCAGGUCCGUGCCCCGUUCGCCCAGCCAGGGCACCUACAACAGGGCGAGGAUGUACUCCCCAGUCAGGUCGCCCAGCACCCGCUUUGAGAGGAUGCCAUCCAGGAGUGAGGAGAUCUAUGCUGACCCUACAGCCUACAUGAUGAGGCGCUCGGUCAGUUCCCCAAAGUAUGAUUAUCUGGGUGACAGGAGGCCUGUCCCUGCAGGAAUGUAUCCCUACAACUACCCAGCGUCCCCUACAGUCCACGACAAAAUGGAUGAACUUUUAGACCUUCAGUUGCAAAGAAACCUAGAAUAUUUGGACCAGCAGGGUCGCUCAUCACUUGACUGGACAAAUGCCUUCUCUCCGUCAAAUGACUGCAAGAUGAGUGAGAGCGAAACUUUGAUCAGUAUGGUGAACAGAAUGGUGGAGAACUCCUCCCCUAGGGCCCAGCUGUACAUGCAAGUGUCUCCCUUCCCAGAGGCCUACAGAGAGACUCUGCACGCCUACAAGAUAAGCGAGCAAGACACUGAUAAGCUGCUGGGAAAACUGUGUGAGCAAAACAAGGUGGUGAGGGAGCAGGACAGGCUGGUGCAGCAGCUCCGAGCAGAGAAGGAGAGUCUUGAGAGUGCCCUGAUGGGGACCCACCAGGAGCUGGAGAUGUUCGGGAGCCAGCUAGCCUACCCUGAGAAGCUGCUGCACAAGAAGGAAUCCCUCCAGAACCAGCUGAUCAACAUCCGGGUGGAGUUGUCCCAGGCCAGCACGGCCUUGGCCAACAGCACCAUAGAGUAUGAGAACUUGGAAGGCGAGGUGUCAGCCCUGCACGAUGACCUAUGGGAACAGCUGAACUUGGACAUCCAGAAUGAAAUGCUCAAUCGGCAAAUCCAGAAGGAGAUCUGGCGCAUCCAGGACGUGAUGGAGGGGCUGAGGAAGAACAACCCCUCCCGGGGCACGGACACUGCCAAACACAGAGUGGCCGCUGGCCCCUCGGGAACCUACAGCUCCAACAGCCCUGCUAGCCCCUUGAGCUCAGCCAGCCUCACCAGCCCACUGAGCCCUUUCUCUCUGGUGUCAGGCUCACAGGGGUCACCCACCAAGCAAGGGACGAGCGAGGAACCAGGCCCGCCUCGACCUCCCCUGCCCAAAUCGUAUGUCCCUCUGGAGUCUCCUCCGACUGUUCCUCCACUCCCUAACGAGAGCCGCUUCUGGCCAUACCCUAACUCCCCUUCCUGGCAGCAAAGUGGCGAGGCGAAGAAGGGACAGUCCAAGUCCAGCUUCGAGCAGAAUAAGAAAGAUGCUCAUUGGAGCUCCACCCCCAUCCCACCCACAGAGGCUGGGCUCAUGCAGACGAGGCAAGAGCUGGAUGCUGAGAAGCAAGCGGCCCUCAACAAAGUUGGCAUCGUUCCCCCGAGGACCAAGUCUCCCACCGAUGAGGAAUCAGCACCCGUUUCGGGAGUGAUCAGGAGGAGCACCAGCAACAUGGCCAAUGGACUGAGCUCCCGGGAGAGGCCAAAAAGUGCCGUGUUCUCCAAUGAGAUGAAGGCAAAAAUGAGCGUGGAGGAGCAGAUCGACCGGAUGAAACGCCACCAAAGUGGAUCCAUGAAGGAAAAAAGGCGGAGUUUGCAGCUCCCAGCCAAUCAGCAGUCGGAUGCUCCCAGCACGAAGGCACCUGCGUCAUACAAAGUGGUGCGCCGACACCGCAGCAUCCAUGAAGUGGACAUCUCCGACCUUGAAGCAGCGCUGCGCACCGAAGACUCUGGCAAAGUCUACGAGACGCCGAGGGAGGAGAUCGCCCGGCUACGCAAGAUGGAACUGGAGCCACAGCAUUAUGAUGUCGACAUCAGUAAGGAGCUUUCUACCCCAGACAAGGUCCUCAUUCCAGAGCGGUACAUUGAGCUGGAACCGGACACCCCGCUAAGCCCCGAAGAGAUGAAGGAGAAGCAGAAGAAAGUGGAAAGGAUAAAGACGCUCAUUGCCAAAUCCAGCUUGCAGAAUGUGAUCCCUCUAAGCGAGGGAGAGGUGGACGCACCCCAGGAUGCAGAAACCCAGCUCCAGGAGCAAGAGAAGAGGAUAGAGAUAUCCUGCACCUUGGCUACAGAAGCCUCCAGGCUGGGCCGCAUGCUCUCCGCUCAAUGUGCCACCCCGAGUCCUCCCACUUCCCCAGCCUCCCCGACUCCACCGACAAACCCCCUCUCGUCUGAGUCAUCCCGGGUCGCCGACAGCAGCCAUUUUAUGCGUGUCUGAGCCAUGAACACAAGCCCUGGCUGCUGUGAAGUUCCACGGAGCCACGUUUUAACACACAAACACACACGUCCUGAGUCGACAACCAAACCUUUCCUCGCUCAUAGCUUUUGGUUCUCCCCGAACCCCUGCCACUAAGCAAUGGUGAGAUUGUCCAGGACGAAGAUGCUGUGCGUCAGCACCUGUCGCCAAGGAGAUCGCGGGAGCCUUAUCUCUGCACCGGUCCCCCCAACUGGCCGUGUACCAUCCCAGGAGGAAGUGCUGUGGGUGGGCUGUCUGCUGGAGCACAGAGUGGCAGAGAGGCGCUGGUGAAUCACUACUACUGCAAUGAUGGACAUUUUGUGUGAGAUUUGUUGCAGUCUGGGAGAUGGGCCCACUCCACAGCCAGCGCAAACUUCAGGGCAGGGAAUCUGGCAGCUACCCACCAGUCUGUUCCAUGGCCAGAAUAUCUCAUCGAGGGGAUGGUGUCACACUGGAGGCUGGGGUGUUUCCCUUUGCUUCCCGCACUGAAAUAUUUGUCUCCCAAAGCUCAUGUCCCAAAGGAGCUUUUGCACGGGGACUGAGCCGUCACUGCAGUUGGAGCUUGCUCUUGCCCUCCACUGACGUGAACACCCCAUCUCCAUUCUCCGCACCCCUUCCACCUCCCCAGGCCUUGGCCUGGAUUGGCUACUAGCAUCUUUCAUCUCUGGAGCUAGCCACAAGUGAAACCUGGCCCAGUCACAUUUCUCCACUCACGCUCAUGAGCUUCUGCAUGAAGGAAGGAGCGGGCAUCUGGGAUGGACAGAUGGAAACAGGAGCCAAGGAGGGAAAAGUCUUCUGGGCAGAAAAUGGGAGAGGUUAUGGGAUCUGCAAAAUUAGGAGGACAUAGCUGUAUCUGAAAUGCUAGUGUUUCCCCUCCCAGGGCAAAGAGUGGUGUGGAACAGCAGGUCUGUGCAAUGUAUGCGGACAUGUAGUAAGGGAAUUAGCUGAAAGAUACAGAGGGACGGGGCUAGGAGAGUCCAAGUGGCUGGUGUUGGUGACCAGGUGAAGCCUGGAUGCUUUCUGGGGACAGGAGGGAUCCGUUUGCCCAUAGAGACGAUGAGGAGAAAGGAGGAGAGGCUUUAGGAUAUUUUUUUCUCUUGGACCAGAGCAGGUUCUGGAUGGUAGCAACAGGUGCCCUUCCUCAGAGUUUUGUUUUACCCAGCGCAAUGCUCAUUUCUUGCAUUUUUAUGGGGAUGGGAGUGGGGUGAAAGAGAGGAAC